AAGUGGAGUCGCGCACUUGCUCGCUCCACGGGAAGUCGGGCCUUUCCCUGCUGCCCCCUGAAGUCCGGGCGGGGUGAGUUCAACACGGCACAUGGGAAGCCGCUUGGAAUCCGGCGGCGGCGGCAGCAGCAGCAGCAGCAAGAGGAGCAACGGAGGCGGGCGAGAGUGGUGCCCGUCGCCUCGGUGCGGAUUUUUGUGAAGCCCCAAGUUCCUCUUUUCGCCAGCCGGGCUGCUGCUGCCGCUCCUGCUGCUGCUUUGGGAAGACGCACUCUGUGUCAUCGCGCCCAGCUGGGGCGAGAGCAGGGGAGGAAAACCCCUCCGAGCCAAAUUUGGCGCUGGAGCAGCGGCCGGACGGGGAGAAGGAGAGGCGCCGUCUCCGGGGGUAGUUCGUGGCGCCCGCUGAACCGAGCGCCCGCUGAGCAGCAAAAGGAGCCGCCGAGAGAAAGACAGAGAGAGAGAGACGCUAUACAACAACUCCCGGUUGCCCGGGCUUGCAAUGCAUCAGCGGGAUCGUCGCCCUUCCGCGGUCGGCGGCUGGUGAACCGGCCGCCUCCGCCUCCCCCCCCCCUUUCUCUUUCUCCCACUCUCUUUUUAAAAUGACGGUCGGCUUGGCACCCUCAUCAUGGCCAAUGGGACGGGGGCGGCGGCCACGGUCAUGCUGAAAUGCGUGGUGGUGGGCGACGGCGCGGUGGGCAAAACUUGCCUGCUCAUGAGCUAUGCCAACGACGCCUUCCCGGAGGAGUACGUGCCCACAGUCUUCGACCAUUACGCAGUCAGUGUGACAGUUGCUGGCAAACAGUAUCUCCUUGGGCUAUAUGAUACUGCAGGACAGGAAGACUAUGAUCGCCUGAGACCUUUGUCAUACCCCAUGACCGAUGUCUUCCUCAUCUGCUUCUCUGUGGUAAAUCCAGCUUCCUUUCAGAAUGUGAAGGAGGAAUGGGUACCGGAACUAAAGGAACACGCGCCAAAUGUACCCUACUUGUUAGUUGGAACGCAGAUUGAUCUUCGUGAUGACCCUAAAACCUUAGCAAGGCUGAAUGACAUGAAAGAGAAACCGAUAUCUAUGGAGCAGGGACAAAAGUUAGCAAAAGAGAUAGGAGCCUACUGCUACGUGGAGUGCUCGGCUUUAACGCAGAAAGGACUAAAGACUGUUUUUGAUGAAGCUAUUAUAGCCAUUUUAACUCCAAAGAAACACACGGUGAAAAAAAGAAUAGGCUCAAGAUGCAUUAAUUGCUGCUUGAUCACGUGAGACCCGCCCAGGACAAUGGCCACGCAUACUGUGAAACUCCAGAUACCGUGCAAACCAUACACUUCAAAACAACAUCACCUUAUUAAUAGCGCAUAGAUCAAUUCAGAAGCCGAUUUUAGGGAUUGCCAUUUGGUGAAAUCUGGCGGUGGGGGGGAGAGGAAGAAAUCCCAAACAUGUGACGGAGCAGGCGCCAUCUGUUACAAAUACUUUAUUCAGACUGGAAGGAAAGAACCAUCUCUCAGGGGUAACACAAUUUAGGACAAGCGACAGAUGCAUCAUCACGUUGCCACAACCCUCAAGCCAUGCUGUGAGGAGGAGCGAAGGCUGACACUGCUUUGAAGCUGUCUGGACCGCCCUUCCGCUUUGACCAUCGUCUCUGCUGCGCAGUCUUUACAGGAGCGGCACAACGACACAACCGCCUUUUCCCCUUGCGCCAGUUAUCUGCUUUUGUACGUCAGCUGCUUCCUGUUCCGGUAGAUCCACAAAGGUGCCAGGAGGAGGCCAGCGACGUAGCCAAAGGUGGCUCCGAGUGAACAAGAAAUAGGCCACACCUGAAAGAAAAGAACGCUGCGUCAGGAGUAGAAGGGAAGGC